AUGGCUCAGAGGCCUUUGUUCCCUUCCUUCAUCUUGGCAGGUUUUCGCUUUGAUGAAGUGCAAGGCAUCAAGCUAGGACUGCAGUCCAUCCCCAUUGCCACAGCCUGUACCAUUUACCACAAGUUUUUUGGCAAGACCGACCUGGAUGCCUAUGACCCCUACCUGAUAGCCAUGUCUGCCAUCUACCUGGCCGGCAAGGUGGAGGAGCAGCACCUCCGCACUCGGGAUAUCAUCAACGUGUCCAACAGGUACUUUAACCCGGGCAAUGAGCCCCCGGAGCUGGACGCCCGCUUCUGGGAGCUCCGGGACAGCAUCGUGCAGUGUGAGCUGCUCAUGCUGAGGGUUUUGCGCUUCCAGGUCUCCUUCCAGCACCCACACAAGUACCUGCUCCACUACCUCAUCUCACUCAAGAACUGGAUGAACCGCUACAGCUGGCAGCGGACGCCCAUCUCUGUGACCGCCUGGGCCCUGCUGCGAGACAGCUACCAUGGGGCGCUGUGCCUCCGCUUCCGUGCACAACACAUAGCCGUGGCGGUGCUGCAUCUGGCCCUGCAGGUCUACGGCAUGGAGGUGCCCGCCGACGCUGAGGCUGGCAAGCCGUGGUGGCAGGGACACCGCUGGCUCAGCUCGGCCAAGGCUCAGGCCACCAUCGUGGGCCGGCCCCGGAAAGGCGGCCUUGCGCCAGGCAGCUUUGUACAGCAGCAGCGGGGAGGGCGGGGUGGCCCCGUGUGGGCUGUGCGCUCCCGGUGCGCCUGCAGCGAGCCGGGCUUGCCUUCUUCGCUUCGCACGUUGAGCUGCGGCUCUUGA